GGACCCGGCACAACGCCCAAUGGCAGCGGAGUUGUGUGUACAUCCUUACCUUAUUCUUCCGCGACGUUGGAAAUUCCCUGGUUUCCCGCAGAAAGAAUCUCCAUCCACAUAAGCUAUCUACUGUUGAUGCAUAACGUGACCUGGAUAUUCUUAUCAUGUCAUCACUGGACGAUCUUACUAGUCAUCUCAACAUACAUUUCCUGUAUUCGCACGCAUACACAUCCACCACAUGUGUUCUUAUUUGUCAUGUUUUUCAGCAUUCUCGGCUUACUGCCUUUAAGUUUCCUUAAUCUUUCCCUUCCCCUUCCCCCCAAUCCAAGUACCUAUCUCUUUCUUUCAUUAGUUUGACUUGAUACAUUCUCCCUUUACACACGAAUGGGAAUGCUGAGUAAUGACUUCACCACAAUUGUUAUAUCCUUACACAAGUGAACCUCCGCCAUUUCUGAUCCCCAGGAUUGGUGCCAUCCAGGCGGAUGUCGUGUGCCGUACUGACUAGUGUUAGUCAUGAUUCAAG